AUGGCAGCUCCUGCCGCCGCCCUGAGGCCAAUGGCCCCGGCCGGCUUCCAGCACGCUCUGCGCUUCGCUGCGCGUCGCGCUUUCGCGACCCACCGCCAGCUCGCUGCUCCCCAGCUGCGUCGCGCGCCAGCUCCCUCCCCGCUGACCGCGCAUCCCGCGCUCCGCAAUGCUUUCCGUCGCACCUACACAGACAGCGCCCAGCCCAAGAAGAAGGGCUUCCGCCUGCUGCGCUGGCUGUGGCGCGCCACCUAUGUCUCUGCUAUCGUUGGUACCGGUUACGCCGCCUAUGGAAUCUAUGAGAUGCGCAACCCCCCGGAUCAGGUCCAGCCCGAUCCCAAGAAGAAAACUCUCGUCAUCCUCGGUACUGGUUGGGGCUCCGUCUCCCUCCUGAAGAAGCUCGAUACGGAAAACUGGAAUGUCGUCGUCAUCUCUCCCCGCAACUACUUCCUGUUCACCCCGCUGCUCCCGUCAUGCACUACUGGUACUAUCGAACAUCGCUCCAUCAUGGAGCCGAUUCGUAACUUCCUGCGUCACAAGAAGGCUGCCGUCAAGUACUAUGAAGCCGAGGCCACCAAGAUCGACUACGAGAAGAAGGUUGUCUACAUCCACGACGAGUCGGAGAUCAAGGGCGACGUUUCCCAGACUGAGGUUCCUUUCGACAUGCUCGUUGUCGGCGUUGGCGCCGAGAACGCUACUUUCGGUAUUCCUGGUGUGCGCGAGCACGGCCUGUUCCUGAAGGAGGUUGGCGACGCCCAGAAGAUCCGCAAGCGCAUCAUGGACUGCUGCGAGACUGCUAUCUUCAAGGACCAGGACCCCGAGGAGAUCAAGCGCCUUCUGCACAUGGUUGUCGUCGGUGGUGGCCCCACCGGUGUUGAAUUCGCCGGUGAGCUCCAGGACUUCUUCAACGGUGAUCUCAAGAAGUGGAUUCCCGAUAUCCAGGACAACUUCCACGUUACUCUCGUCGAGGCUCUUCCCAACGUUCUUCCCAUGUUCUCCAAGCAGCUGAUUGACUACACCGAGCGUACCUUCAAGGAGGAGACUAUCACCAUCCGCACCAAGACCAUGGUCAAGAAGGUUACCGACAAGUACAUCGAGGCUGAGUCUACCGGUCCCGACGGCAAGAAGCAGCUCGAGCGCAUUCCCUACGGUCUUCUGGUUUGGGCUACUGGUAACGCUCUCCGUCCCGUUGUCAAGGACCUGAUGUCGCAGAUCCCUGCGCAGAAGGACUCUCGCCGUGGUCUCGCUGUGAACGAAUAUCUCGUGGUUAAGGGUACUGAGAACAUCUGGGCUGUCGGUGACUGCGCCGUCGCCAACUAUGCUCCCACCGCCCAGGUUGCUGCUCAGGAGGGUGCUUUCCUCGCUCGUCUGUUCAACAACAUGGCCAAGACCGAGCAGAUCGAGGGCGAGCUCACCAAGCUCUCGGAGGCUCAGGAGAAGGCUCCUUCCAAGGAUGCUCGUGAUGAGGUUUUCGGCCAGAUCAAGGAUCUUCAGAAGCGCCUCCGUCGCGUCAAGCAGAUGGGUCCUUUCGAAUACUCUCACCAGGGUUCCCUCGCCUACAUCGGCAGCGAGAAGGCUGUCGCCGAUAUCACCUGGCUCACCGGUAACUUCGCUACUGGCGGUACUCUUACCUACUACUUCUGGAGGAGCGCGUACCUGAGCAUGUGCUUCAGCACUCGCAACCGUGUGCUCGUCCUCGUCGACUGGGUCAAGGCCAAGGUCUUUGGCCGCGACGUGUCCCGGGAGUAA